UGCAAUUGAGUAUUCGCGACGUGAGGUUAAAUUCACAAACGUCAACGCAAAAUGCACAAUUCCUGGAUUUGUUUGAUGGCUUCAUUGGUCUGCAGUUGCUGCUGCCUGGUUGGGUACGCGCAGGCGCUGUCGUAUGAUGAUGUUGGCAUUUCGAAUAGCAUUGCGAGACCUGGACAGCCCAUGUACUACCUGAUGGCCGAUGCAGGCUCCACAGUGGGUCCCAACGACGAACUGAGGCGUACGAAUCGUUCGCUCAUGAAAUGGUGGGACGAUUUAUUCAGGCAAUCCAGUUGCUGCAACGGCAAUAACAAUAAUUUGCCUAACAACUACAACAAUAAUCUGCUUUAUCCCAAUAAUUUGGCACCCACUUUGCCCGUCAAUAACUGCAACAAUGGAUUGCAACUGGAUCAACUGGAUCCCUUUAAGCAACUGAAACUGUUCAAGAAACUGCCCGAUCUGUGGGGCAACAGCUGUGCGGGUCAGUGUGGUCAAUGUGGUGGCCAGCAACCGCUGAACAACUAUGCGCCACCACCAAGUCCUGGCUAUGGCGGCGAAGGCUAUGCACCACCGGCACCACAGCAGCAGCAGCAGCAGCCGCAGCCAGAGGCUCCAGUUGAAUACAAUCCGGCACCACCUAGCGGCGGCUAUGAGACACCCAAUCCCAGCUACGAUGGUCCCGGCGAUGGCGAUGCCGGCUAUGUGGCACCAGCACCAUCGCCAGCACCACCACCACCAGCUGAGGAAUAUGCGGCUCCUGAGCCGCCAGCCGAAAGCUACGAACAGCCACAGGCACCUCAACCAAGCUAUGAAUCCCAGGCUCCAGCACCAGCACCAGAGAGCUACAACAAAGUGGAAGAGUAUGGUCAACCCGCCAAGUCCUACGGUGGUGCACAGCCACCGCAAAUCGUCUAUCAACCCAUCAUUUACUUAUCGACCUCAUCCAAGGACGAAUUGGCCAACAAGCUGAAACAGACGGAGCAAAACUACGAAGCGCAGACGGAACAACCAGCACCACCUCCACCACCAACAGCUCAGCCGGUCUAUGAGCAACCAGCUCCAGCGCCAGUGGAUUUGCCUACAUAUGCUCCAGCUCCAGCUCCAGUACCCCCUGCACCACCUGCACCAUCUGCACCCUGUACUCCACCCGCUUGUGCGGGCUAUUGGCCCAUUUUGGGCGUUCCUUUCUAUGGCUAUUCUGCACCACCUGCACAAGCCCCAGCACCAGCUCCAGCUCCCGCACCAACUCCUGCCCCAGCACCUGUCUAUGUAGCACCACCAGCACCACAACCAGCACCGGUCUAUGCACCUCCACCUCCAGCGCCACCAGCGCCUGUCUAUACGUCCUCCUCCUGCCAGACGCCCAUUCGAUUGUCUUUAAUUGAUCAACCCUAUCGCGUGGCACCCGAACUCUUCCAGGAGUACAACUACCGCUUGGCCCUGGCCGAGAGGAAUGGAUAUAGUAGAUGAAUACUGGAAUGAUCAAGACUUUACUGUAAAUAAAAUCUAUGUAAAUGCUGUUUGGAUUGUC